CAAACUCGUGCUAGAUGUCACGGCAGCAAGUACGGAGUUGUUUACUUCAGAAAUAUGGCAUCACAAACUGAAGAACAAGUUCUGCUACAUUCACACUGUCUCAAGUGCUACAAUUACAAUUGUAAAGUUGAUUCAGAGCCAGAAAAAUCAUGCUCAAUGUUAAGUUGUGACUUAGAUUGUGGGGCGAGGUUCCACACUUGCAAGUUAUUGGAGCACAAACUUCUCUGUCCAUUUGAACGGGUAGCAUGCCUGAGUGCCCACUGCGGUUGUCCGAUGUCUGUGGUUCGCUGUUUACAAGUGAAACAUAUGCAGACGUGUCCAGCUUUUGUUAUACAAUGUGGUCAGAAAUAUAGAGUAGAAGAUUGGGAUUCCCAUUUUACUUGCAAGAAAGGUGCAUCUGUCCAUGAUAGAGUUUGUGCUCCAAUCCUUGAACGGUGGAAGAGUGAACGAGAACGAAAAAAAGACCACCUAGACAAGGUGUUUGAUGAUAUAUAUGAUCUCCAACAGAGCAAGAAAGCUGAAAAGGCUGAGGAAAAAUGUCAUGAAAAAGGUGACCAGGUUAUCAAGAAAGAAGAAAAGAAAGUACAAACAUCAUCAAUUAACAGAAAGACAUCCACAGCAGAUGGUGAUAAAGUUUUCCUCUACCCGGAACCGCCCAAGACACCGCUGUCACCCGAACCACCUCAUACACCUCUUACACCCCUCUCACCAUUCUCACUAGAAUCAGAUUUCAUCAGCAGAAUGCCGACUGAGAUCAUGGCUCACGUAGGCCAAUUCCUUGAUGGGGAGAGUAUGUACAGCCUAGCGAAGACAUCAAGCCAUAUGUUUGAUCUGUGUGUAUCGUUACUGGAUGAGAAGAAAGGAAUGGUAUAUCUGAAGUGGCAGAAAAAAGAUGGUACUUGGAAGAUCAAGGAACCGAUGUGGGAAUUUGCUUCAGUUAAUGUAACAGAGGAAUGAUCGGAGUGGUGCUUAGAUUCUACAGCUUCACAUUGGUACCCAACUCUCUUCUUUGAUGUUGAUGAUUAUCAUUUUUUAGUUGUUCUCUAUACCGCCUGUGUUGAGUUACAUUUGUGAGUUUAAGUUAAUUGAAAAUUUGUAUUGUUUUAAAAAAUUUAUAUUUAUGCUAUUAAAUAUUAUUUAAGUUAUUGACUUUCAAUGGAUCUUGCUAAGCCCAGCCCUUAGUUAAUAGGGAACUUUUGAUUUGCGACGACGUAGAACAUAAUGAAGUCAUAUUAAUUUAAAUGCGCAUAUCUGAACAUUACUCGUAACGUUCUUUCCUGAAAUCUGGAACGGUUGUCAGCUAAAUCUGUGUUCAGGCCAGAAUGUAGUUUGUACUGUUUUAAGCAUUGGUGCGUCUUUUGCAUUCACGACAUAUCUGUGUAUGCAUCGUAAAAAAAUGAAAAUGUAGAAUGCACGUGAUGACAGUCACAGAUGAGUGAAUUCGUUCUACGUUCUCAGUUGAAUGCUCCCUAUUGUGUUAACGUACAUAAACAUGUACUUGUGGGCAUUUGUGGUCAUAUUCUGGUUAGUCAGAUUUGUUAAUAUAUUUGAUUGAGACUUUAGAAAAGUCCAUUGGAAGUUUAAACAUAAACAUAUAUCCUUUUGCCAAUUAUCAGAGGUGGAUAAAUAAUGCUUUUCCAUUCUGGCAUAAAACUUUCAGUUGGCCAGUAGUAAAUUUAAUGAUUUUUGUGAUAAAAAUGUCUGUAAAACCAAAUUGUGUUGAUCGAUAUCUCAUUUGAUAUUGUGUUCAAUCCUUUUGAAUUAGUUUUUAAUGUUCCUUUUCUUAUUUGGAGGUUUUCAAGAUUUUACGAUAACUCGUAUAUCUUGUGUAGCCAUAAAGAAUCAAAAUUGAUGUAGUGUACUUGAGUAAACAUAUUUUAUUAGAAACAUAAAGUUAAAAUCAACAAAAAUUCUAAAAAAAACCAAACGGUUCUACUUUAUUUCUAUAUUACAGAUUAGAAUACUGAUAAUGUAAUAUUUCUUUUUCUUUAAUAUCACAUACUAAAAUAUAAUUAGCAUGUAUUUGAUCUUUCAUAAAUUGAGACUAUAUUCUGCAAAGCAGUGUUUUAUCCUUACUCUAUUUUAAAUGUAUUUUAAUGGAAAAUGAUAUUUACAUGUAAGGCUAAAAAAAAGUUGUGUUGCUCAACCACAGUGACCUUCGAAAAUCCGGAUCAGUCGGUUGCCAUUUUAAAAAAUAGGUCAUUGACCUAAUUUUAGGGUUCAUUGCCUUAGUUGUCCAUGUAUUUUAAUCUCCUCCUUGGUAAAUAUUAUAUAAUUUUGCAAAACAAAGAAAUAAAAAACAAUUCUAAAAUUUCAAUAUUUGGCUUGAGCAACACAGUUUUUUUUCUGACACUAGCAUAAUAUCCAAAUUAUUUAUGUUCACCAUAGAAAAUUAUUUGAAGAGUAAAUAAAUCCAAUAGAAUGUAUUUUUAAAUUUGUAUAAUAUUUUUAUAAACAUACAUACAGUAUAAAAUAUAACUUUAAUUGCCGAUAUUGAAUAUUGACUUAUAUAGUAGUAGGAUUUAAAUUGCAGCAUUUUUAUAGAGGGCGCCAUUAAGUUCACACUAAAGCCACAUGUGUGCAGGGAUUUUAACAAAAACGGGUUGCAAAUACAAUAAGCAGUGGGUCAUUUGAGUAUUUAAAACCUUUUAAUAAUAUUUCUUAUUUAUAUUAAUUAUGUUUGUAAAUUAGAUAUAGAUUAUUGAUAUAUGUUUACACUUGUGUGUUUAGGUUUCCAGUUUUGCACUAUAUAAUAUAGUACCAUAGCCAUAAACAAACAAUAGGAAAAAAGUUAUCUAAAUUUUCUUUAAAUUUGAACAAAUAUAAUAUCUUACUAUUUUUGAGAUGGCUGAAUAAUAUAUUUAUAAUUUUGCAUAAAAGAACAGUAUAUUUACAAAACUAGGAAGCACAAUUACAGGUCUCCCUUCAAUUAAAGACCACUUUUGGGACCAGGGUUUCUAUGGUCCUUAGCAUAAUAAAGAUAAAAGACGUUUGUUAAUUUGGGACCACAUAAAAAUGGUCUUUAAUUGGAGGUGGUCUUUAAUUGGAGGGGUGUUUAAUUAGAUGGAGACCUGUAUUAUUAUUAUUGUAUAAUUUGUUUAGUUUCAUGUAUCUUUAGCACAGGGUUUGUUUAUCUCUGCAAUAUAUAAUAAAAGUGAACUAAAUAUUA